UAUGGGAUAUUCAAAAUGGCAGCUCCCAUGUCUAAAUUGUCAAUGGUAAAAAAAAUAUUUGACAAGAGUCUGAAAGUCACAGACAGAAGGUUCAUAUCGAAGUAUAUCUCUGAAACAUCUGGAAGUCGAAUUCCUAUCUUAACUUUGUCUGGGUCUCUUUUACACAAAAGGCUCAUGUGUCAAAAUGUAACAACAACAGACAGAAUCUUCAUUGAUACACACAGUGCAGUCAAAGCUAUGGAGAAGAGUGGUUUAACAGUAGAACAGGCUGAAUGUUUGACAGGAAUCUUGAUGAAUAUCAUGGAAAAAAGCACUGAGCUAAAUCAUAAAGAACUUGUAAAUAAACAACAACAGGAAAUGGUGAUACAGCAAGUGAUGUCCCACAUAGCCUCUGUUAAGAAGGACAUGGUGAUCCUAGAAAAAAGUGAAUUCUCUGCUCUUAGAAGUGAGAAUGAGAAAUUGGCAAUAGAAGUCAACCAACUUAGGCAACAAUUAGCUGAUGAAAUCCAAAAGCUUGCCAAUACAGUGAAAUUAGACAUCAAUCUCGAGAGGAGUCGAUCAAUAGAGAUGUCUGCAGGGCAGGAACAAGAACUAGAGAAGGUUACCCAAAGGAUACGAACAGAGGUGGCCAACAUGACAGCAAAAUUAGAAGCUACCAAAACAGAUAUGAUCAAAUACUUUGCCGGAACCCUCCUUGGGUGUUUAACGUUAGGUCUUGGUUUUUAUCGCAUCCUUCUCAUGUGACAUCUAGCACCUUGUCUUGCUCCUCGUAAUUAUCCUCACCAAGUAAUUUAAAAUAUCACUGUGCAGCAAUGAGACAGAUGUCAGCAUGUAGUGCCACUUUGUUAGAUCUUGGCCCAGUAGCGUUUGAUGACAGUGGUAAUUUUUAUACUUGAUUAAAUUAACAAUCAUUUGUAAUCAAGCGUUCUUGCCAACUGUACAAUCAAGCGUUCAUGCCAACU